UUUCCUGCUCUCCCACAGGACUUGGCUCAAACCUAAAAGGCUCUUUGUUGGCGGUGGUGUGCUACUCGAAUAGACACCGAGUUCGAGACAAGAGCACUUUCAGAACGUCUUAUCCUGUCAACAUCGGAGGUGUGGCGAUCUUCAGACUGUCUAUCAUAAUACUGACGCUUCUAAGAUACCUUCCUAGAUGGCUUAAUGUGUAACAGUUUCUUAAUACCAAAUAUCCACGUUAACCCUUUCGGUUUGGCCUGGACUGUUGCGUAUUCACCCGAGCCAGCGGUAGAGGGCAUUUCUGAUUGCGUAACAAGCGAAUGACACAACAAGGUUAGAGUGUUGGAGAAUGAAAACUUUAUUAAUAAUUAGCAGGCUGAGUUCAAGGUCUACAUGCCAUGGCACGUUCAUGUUUUCCAUCUGACAGCAGACCAGGAGAGACGUCUUCAGUCUUCCCGAAUGACUCUUUUUCUUUUGUAUUCCUAAAUGCCAUCGAACGCAGACGGUCUUUCGGAAAACAGUGACCUUUCAGCCAUGACGAGCAAAAUGAAGGCACGUGCUCCGCCUCCGCCCUCAGCCCCCCAGCCUGCCCCUCGCAAGAUCUUCCGCAAUGCCAUUCCCGAUGGAGGAGCAGCACCCGACACCAAGGAGAAUGUGGCACGGAGCACCGUGGACCUCCAAAUCAUGCUGCCUAAUGGAUACGAAACUCUGGUCACUGUGGAUGGGAGGAAAGCUCUGAUGGACGUGUUGGUGGACUUGUGCGCUCAGUACCACCUGAAUCCAGCUGAACACACACUGGAGCUGACGUCGGCUGAGGGCCAGCCUGUCUCCUUUAAGCCCAACACCAUCCUGGGAACACUGCACGUCAGCCGCGCCCUCAUCAAGGAGAGAACUUCAGAGGAGCGGGUACCCAGGAAACCCGCGCCCAAAGUGCCAGAGAAGACAGUGCGUCUGGUGGUAAACUACCACCGUGGGCAGAAGGCAGUGGUGCGUGUGAACCCGCUCGUACCCCUGCAAAGCCUGGUGCCCGCCAUCUGCCAGAAGUGUGAAUUCAAUCCUGCACGUGUGCUCCUGCUCCGUGACGCCGUCAGCCAGCACGAGCUGGACCUGCACAAGUCGCUCACUGAACUCAACAUCCGUGAGCUUUACGUGCUCGACCAGGCACUGGUUCUCCAGCCUAAAAUGCUCUCGGCUCCUGUACUUAACUACUCAGCAGAGUCUCUCAACUCCGACGCCAGUGGAGGUGAAAAGAAGGGACUUCUGGGCUUGUUCAGCUUCAGUCGGAGGAAAUCGAAGACCGAAGAGUUCUCUGAUGACAUGGAUCAGCGCGAUGGCCGGCUAAUGCAAAACACACACACUAACAUCAAUGGUCUGUCGGCGGUCAGCGGCGUGUAUGUAGAGGCUCGUCCCAACACUCUGGGCCAAUCACAGUCGGCCAUGAACCUCUCCAGGCUGUCUCCCAAAACGGAGCCUAAGAAACGGCGCGCUCCGGCUCCGCCUCGUCCUUCGGCUCAGACUCUCACGCAGACGCAAACGCAGUGCGGUUUGGCACCGGUGGUGCAGACAAAACCGAGCUCACCAAGUCAGCUGAAGAAACGGCAAGCCCCGCCUCCACCACCCACCGUGCAUCCCACCACCUCCUCGCCCGCUCUCGCCGUGGCUGCUGCCCGGGUACCCAGCGCCGCGUCGGCAUCCGACAACUCCAUGUCUGAUCUGAGUCACAGCAUUGAAGACUCAGAACCGGCUGCCUCCAUCUGCAGCAGCUCCAGCAGCGAUGCCGCCGCUGAAUCCAGCAGCCUGGCUGAGGAAACCACGGCCGAGCCGGCCAUCGAGUUCGCAUCGGGCUUGACCUCCAAGGUAGAACCAGUUCCAGAACUGAAUCAACAGCCGGCACGCAGAGGCUUUGUUAAGCGAGAGCCUGAGGAGACGGAAUCUGCACUGGAGCUUAAAAUGGACGAAGUGGAGAACAACCGGCACAGCGCGAUAGUCUGGCUGCAUGCGGCGGAGCAGGAAGCCGAGACGGUGUCCAUGUGCAGCAGCGAGAGUUUGGCCGAUCAAGGUUACGCGGCGUCUGAGGGCAUGGCUGACUCUCCGAUUAAUACUGAGGACACCGUUUCCCUGGGUCCCGAUCCCUCUCUGAGCCCCACCCAGCCUCAGGAAGACUGCGACAGCGAUGAGGGCUGCGCCACAUGGGGCUCGCGGCACAGCAGCGGGAACAUGCGAGUCGGGGACCAAUCGGUCAAGAGAAACGACAGCUACGAGGACGACACGGAGAUCACUGCGCAGAUCCACUUAACCUUGGCUGAUUUGGAUGCCGACUUAGCAGAUGAAGUUAAUCGCUCCGAUGAGGCAUCUGUGUGCGUGGACGAUGAGAUCCCAGUGUCUGUGGUUGAUUUGGAUGUUCCGGUUACCGCCAUUGAUGAAGUCGUCGAUGACAACCCAUACAGCUUGGGUGUUUAUGAGGCAGCACUGUCGCGCAGUAGCCAGAAAGAACGACAUGGUUCAAGCAAACAAAUGGUAGAUCUCCAGAACCAAAACAACAACGCUCGCAUGUCACAGAAAGCAAGUAUCGGUCCAUCACAAGGAGAUCCGAUUCGGUCAUGUGACAAGAAGGCGCAAACAGAGAAGGUCCCUAUAAGCCCAGGGAUUAAAGGUAAAGUUGAACCGGGUAAACCGACGCUGCCAGAAACCUCUCAAAGUCCUGCAAUGUCUACUGUUACCCAUAGUGCACAGAAUGUUCCUGAAGGCAGACUUAAACCAACAGAACAGAACCACAGCAAGGAACACGCCGAAGUGAACAGGGCCUCGUCUGUGAAGGCUCAAAACAUGAUCAGCCAGAAUCUAGUGUCUAGAUUCGGCUUGAAAACAUUUACCAUUGUGCCUAGCAAACCAGCCGUGUCCCAGAAUCACGUCGAGUCCGAAGGCUCCUUGCGUAUAGGCGCCAUUAAAAUCGAUGAGUUUGGUAACAUGGUCACACCAAGAGAGACUCGAGACAAAUCCGACGAUGCGAGCGAUGACCGAGAUUCUCCACUCCUGGACAAAGCUAAGGCCUUCUGGAGCUCAGGUAAGACGGAGGAUUCGCCACCUACUACCUUUACAAGAGCUUCAAUAAAGACUGGAGAAGCUGAAAAACCGUUCCCCGUCACAGAAAAACCCAGUGUUACGGAACCACCGAAACAGGUCAACGGGCCAAGCACCAACCUGGCAUCCGCAGUCAUGAAAAAGCUCGCCGUCUCAGAUCCUGCCGAAAAUCUCUUUUUCUCCGAGCACAGGAAGAAUCUUUCUUUCGUCACGCCUUCCAGAAGAACUUCGAGUCGUUACGUGGCUUCAGCUAUUACGAAGUACACGGGGAAUUCCUCAAGCAAGGUCGGAGGAGUUCAGGCACGUCCAGAGUCAACAUCUGCUGGACAGAAGCAAUUAACUAGCCAAGCCGUCAAGAACGACCUAAAACCUGUGCAAGCAGUAUCAAACCCCAAGGCUUCGAAUGCGUCCACAAACUCCAUGCCUUUUCUCACUGCUGCCAAACCUGACCGAAGUUAUACUCCAGAGAAGCAGGCGGUCUCUAGGGAAUAUCCGCAUAUCGUUGGUACAGACACAUCUAGCUCUAGAGCGCUGGGUUUUAGCCCAGUACAUAGCAAGCCUCAACAGCAAGCACGGAUGUCUACGUGCCCUGAAUCCAGUGCGUCCUUUUCUAAAGACUACACGUCCAUGAAAAAUGCCCCAGGAAGCCCUUUGCCUCUAAACAAUACGAUAAGCACUACCCGUCCAGCAGUAGCGAAGAAACCGGAGUUGCACAGUCUUGGUCUGCAGCCAAGUCCGUUUGGGCCAGUCAAAAAGUUUAAGCCUGUGGUCCCGAAGUCGGUGGAGAAGGAGACCUCUCUUCACAGCUCACUCAUGGAUGCAAUUCAGUCAGGAGAUGGAAUGGAACGCCUCAGAAAGGUAUCCGACUCUUCCAGGACAGGCCCCCUGAAGAAACCAUCUUACGUGGAGCCUGAAAACGAGCGUUCUGCGCUCCUGUCGGCCAUCCGAGCCGAAAGUACUUCGGCAAGACUUAAGAAGACGAGCUCGUCAGCCGCCUCAGAGCUGGAGCAGUUCAGGAAGUCUGAGGAGAGCAGGGCUGACCAGAGACAUACAAGUACCCCAAGUCCUCCUGCGUUCGCACCUCCACCACCACCACCAAACUUUCCACCACCACCACCAACCUUUACACCACCACCACCUCCUCCUACCUUGCCCUUGACCAAGCCGACUGUAGUGCCGCCUACACGGGGAAACCCAGAGUCUGCCAGAGAGGCACUGCUGGAGGCCAUACGCUCUGGCGCCGGAGCCGAACGUCUUCGGAAAGUCCCGGUGUCAACAAAAACAGUUAAAGUGAACGGAAGACUAGGCACCAUCCAGGCGUCAGCGUCACCUCCUCAAAAGCCCUGAGAAGCUCUUUCCCAUAGCCAAAUUUUCAUGUUGCAUGCUAACUCAUUUGCUAAACUACGGCUAUUUAAUUAUUAUUAUUAUUAUUAUUAUUAUUAUUAUUAUUAUUAUUAUUAUUUUAUUUUUUUAAUAGUCGCAUGCUGCUUUCAGUCUGUGCCAAUCAUUUUUUAUUUUCAUUUUGUAAUUAGGACUCUUUGUUUCAAGGGGGAAAAAAAUCAUGUUAAAGACAACACACUGUACAUCUUUCACGUAAACCUUUACACUUCCUAAUAAUCUGUCAGUAUUUUUGAAGGGAUUUUCUGUUUGAACACACAAGUCAUGCUAAAUCAUUUCAUUUCACUUGAUUUAAAAAAAAAAAAAAAAAAUGAUAUCUGAUUUUAUUUGAAUCUUUUCACAUUUAGUACUAAUCACAACAGCGCUGUAGUCAGCCCGUGAUAAUUUGUUUAAACAGCGAAGGACUUUUCUUAUUUUGUUUCUUUGAAGCAUCGUAGCGAACAAUGCGUUAUUGUAAAACCUAUAAUUACCUAUUAAUACCUUUUCGCCAUGCUGCUAUUUGAUAAUAUAUUAUUUAUGCCAUUUUGAUCAGAAGGGGAAAUGAAAAGUACGUCUCUGCACGUUAUAAAUAUACUUAACACGUCGUUAAUUUAACAGAAUGAAAGUGGACCGCAUGACGGACCUGCAGAAGGUCUAGAAAGGUCUAACUGUUUUUUUUUUUUUUUGUUUUUUUUUGGAGAGUUGUAUAUUUUCUACCUGUUCAUAAUUAGAAAUUGUGUCUAUGAUUCAUUUCGAUUAGAUGCCACGUUGUUGGUAUAAAGUUGUUUGUUGUUGGAGGUUUUUUUUUUUUUUUGGUUUUUUUAAAACUUCUACUUUUGUACAUGAAGUGUGCGAUAUUUUUUUUUUUUUUUGGAAGGGAUUACACACAAAUUUUAGAUGAAAAUGAAUAAAUCAAUAAACCAUUUUGUAAUCAUU